AAGAACUUUGCCCCACCAGAAACUUUUCCAAUCAGUCUUAUUCAAAAGACGUCAAAUCAAAAGUCGAAUUCAUAGGUACCUACAUAUAAUAACCUACAUUCAAAUACACCUAAUUAUUUUGUUAUCCAGAAUUACUACUCCCAGCACUCAUGAGAUAGUAAUAAUGCCGCCUCGUGGUUCACGUGGUGCGAGAGGAGGGAGAGGGAGAGGAAGGGGAGCAGCCAGAGCCGGUCAUUCAUCAUCAGAUACCCCAAGUAGAGCCUCACUUGGCGAUGCAGAAUCACAUCCCGCUGAGAGUUCAUCACAACCACAAAACUCUGUAGAAAGCGACGACGUGGUAGUUAUAAGCACACCUUCUGAAGGGAUUCCAAUUGAUAGCUCGCCGACAUCCGUCCUUCAAAAUGACACAUCAACUACCACGUCAGUGAGACAAUCACAGACGCCUAGUGCUGCGGCUUCACGGGCCGGUGGUCGAUUCAGGCCUAAGAACAUUCGGCGAGACGCUGCAGAGCGAGCAAGGCUGGAACGAGAGAGAAACCGUGACUUGGCCGUCAAGAUUAAAGAAGAGGAACGGCAACAGCGAGCAGAGGGCCGGAGGGCAAGACGAGGUCGGGGGAGGGGUGAUAUAUCACAGCGAGGAUUUAUCAGGAGAACAGUCACCGCUUCAGGCCCAUUUUCUGCAAUACCACAAGAGAAUGUGAAAGGGGGCGCGGGAGGAUGGGGUAGGGGAGCUAAUGGCGGCGCUUCUUCCUCAAAAGGUGGGUUUACUUCCCAGUUCAACGCGCUCAGGUAUCGGCCUAGACGAGAGAACGAAGAUAGAGUCAAUAUUGAUCUCCUGAACGGGACUACGGGUUACGACGAGGAAGGAAAUCCCCUCUAUCAGCCUUCCCGUUUCACUAAAUCGACUGGAAAUCUCCCAGUCGGACUUCUUAGAACCCACCAUGAAGAGGAUGAAGUUAAAGUUAAGACUACGGCGGAGCUUGAAGCGGAGGAGCGUCAGUCCUCUGACGAUGACGAACUAUUCGUUGCUCAAGCAGCUAAGGAUCUACGCGAGAUCGGCAUGGAGGACGAUAGCGAAGUCUGGCAUGCUGCUCCAAAGAGUCAAGUCAAAGUCAAAGCAGAACCUGGUACGGAGCCGGAGGCAAUGGACGUCGACAUGGCCGAUAUUCCUGAGGCAGCCCAGGUGAAAGCACCUCCUUCACCAGAACUUAAGAAGAAACCAGUCGCGGACGAAUACAGCGCCGCUAUUGCGCAAAGAAAGCGGAAGGAGAAGGCAGCCAAAGACCCCGAGAUAUUGCAAACUAUAUACGACCUAGACGCUCAGUUGCAAACGCUUAAAUUUAACGACCCCCCUAGCGGCGAGAAAGAAGGCGAGAUAGAAGGCGAAAACGAUGAAGGGAAAGAAGACGACGAGGCACCACAGGGCCAGGAAAAAGAUGAUCAGAUGUACCUCUUCCAGCUACCUCCUAUUCUCCCGCCGUUGGUGAAGCCUACAGAUGGUACGAAUGGUACGAAUGGUGAAGAGCCAGAAGCUGCCGACCCUGCGCCUCGCGAGGAUACGGGCCCGGUCACUACCAAUAAGGUGAAGACGGAAGAUGGCAAAGAGAAGGAGAAAGAGUAUAACCCAUUCGCAACUCUCCCGCCGGAGGGUGGUCUCAUUGGCAAGCUCCACGUGCGCAAAUCCGGCAAGGUGGAGUUUGAUUGGGGAGGAACAAUCCUAAGCUUAGGGAUGGGUACAGAAACCGACUUUUUAACGUCGGCUAUCAUGAUGGAGCAAAAUAUCGACCUGCAAAACCCCGAGGCGAGCACUGGGUUCGCCUGUGGUAUGGGCCAGAUCCUUAACAAGUUCGUACUGGCACCUGUGUGGGACGAAGAGGAGGAUUGGGAUCCUAGUCUCGAGGGCAUCGACGGCCUGGAUCAAUAAUAUUUGGUGCAGUGACUGCACUUUAUGGAUAUACUAUGUAGGUUCUGCAAGCUCGUUCGAGGAGGCUACGGAUUAUUUCAUAGCCAGCUAGUGUGAAGUUCAAAGCUAUUUGACGUAUCGACGUUCUUGGCUAGUUUGUAUUGGGCUUCAGUUAGCUCCCGGCAGCCCGGUCAGUUAAAAAGGCAAAGGAAACAUUAGUUUUGAUACCCCGGCAACUUUCUAUCAUAA